CGGCUUCCGCGCAGGCGCAGUGGAUCUCUCUUGCGUCACUCAAGACAUGGCGGCUCCGCUAGGGGGUAUGUUUUCUGGGCAGCCACCCGGGCCCCCUCAGGCCCCGCCGGGCCUUCCGGGCCAAGCUUCGCUUCUUCAGGCAGCUCCAGGCGCUCCUAGACCUUCCAGCAGUACUUUGGUGGACGAAUUGGAGUCAUCUUUCGAGGCUUGCUUUGCGUCUCUGGUGAGUCAGGACUAUGUCAAUGGCACCGAUCAGGAAGAAAUUCGAACCGGUGUUGAUCAGUGUAUCCAGAAGUUUCUGGAUAUUGCAAGACAGACAGAAUGUUUUUUCUUACAAAAAAGAUUGCAGUUAUCUGUCCAGAAACCAGAGCAAGUUAUCAAAGAGGAUGUGUCAGAACUAAGGAAUGAAUUACAGCGGAAAGAUGCACUAGUCCAGAAGCACUUGACAAAGCUGAGGCAUUGGCAGCAGGUGCUGGAGGACAUCAACGUGCAGCACAAAAAGCCCGCCGACAUCCCUCAGGGCUCCUUGGCCUACCUGGAGCAGGCGUCUGCCAACAUCCCUGCACCUCUGAAGCCAACGCGGGUCUGCAGGCGGCCUAUGAGCUGAAGGUCCUCGGGCCUGGACGCUCCCUUCCCUGGCUUCUCUCCGGAAUCUUUCAGUCUGUUCCACGCAGGCAUACAGUUAAGUCCCCCUUACAGCAAUUACUCAACAAAGAGGGAGAACAAGUGCACACGAUGGGAAUGCCAUCCUGUGUUCAGCCCGGCCAGGGAGGCCCAGAUAGCAGCAGAGGCUUGCCCAGGGCCCCCCGGGGAGACGGCUUGCAGAACCCAGGAUCCCAGCUCUGUCAGGUCCCCUGAGGCUGCAGGGCCAGGAAGCAAAGGCCCAUGUGUGCAUAUAGAUGGUGCACUCAGCGGGCCUUCAAGAGCCAGGGAUGCUGCUGGGAGAACAGCCCAGGGCAAGAAAAUGCCCCGUAGGUUCUCUUAAUGCUCUGGCGCCAUCUGCUGGCGGACACAGAGCGCGGCCAGUGGCCAGUACCCAUGGCUUUUUUUUUUUUUUUUGGGGAGACGGAGUCUCCCUCUGUCGCCCAGGCUGCAGUGCAACGGCGCGAUCUGAUCUCGGCUCUCUGCAACCUCUGCCUCCCUGGUUCUAAGCGAUUCUUGUGCCUCACAACCUCCUGAGCAGCUGGGACUACAGGCGCAUGCCACCGUGCCAGGGAAAUUUUUGUAUUUUUAGAAGAGACGGGGUUUCACUAUGUUGGCCAGGCUUGUCUGGAAUUCCUGACCUCGUGAUCCGCCCUCCUGGGCCUCCCAAAGUGCUGGGAUUACAGGCGUGAGCCACCGCGCCCGGCCUCCACUGCUUUUUCAGCGUGAAGCCAGAGAAGAGUAACUGGGUGGUGAGGAGAGGAGGGCUGGGGAUGCAGAUAAUCUACUGACUGGAGUUGAUAAGAGCCCAGGGCUUUGGGUGACAUGACCCGGCUCUAAUACUGGCUUUUCUUUUUUCUAGAUAUGUGACCUUGGGCAUCAUUUCACCUGUGUGUGGGCCUCAGUUCCCUCUCCUUUAAAAUGGGCAUGAAACUGGGUGGUUGUGAGAAUUCAAUGUGAUAAUGGGAGCCUGGCAUAUAGUAAGUGCCCCUUAGACUGUAGCUGGUAAAACCUUUCCUGCUGGCUUUUGGAUGAUUUGCUUUGUAUUGGAGACAGUGGAGAAGUUUUUAAGAGCUCAGGCUAAAGGUCAGACAGGUGACAUUUAAACUGAAUUAAUGCUGCCUGACCUUGGGCAAGUGGCUUCACCUGUUUGGACCUGGCUUGCUGCCAUCACAUCCUAAAUGGUCUUCUUGCUAGUCACCCUCUCCCCGUUUCUUCUCAGCAGUCAGUAGUGACCCUGUCAAAAGGCAAGUCAGGCCAUGUCACUCCUGCCCAAUGCCCUGUGAUGGCUUCCCAGGGCACUCUGAACACAUCCAAACUCCUUCCCAUCAGGGCAGGGGUCCCUUCACCCAGCCCCUCUCCUCCCACUCACCCUCCCUCUCACUCUGUUCAGCCACACAAGCCUUUGGGCUGUUUUCAGGAGCAUGAAGCAGGCCCAGGGCCCUUGCACCUGCUGUUCCAUCUGCUUCAAAUGCUCUUCCUCCAGAUGCCUCAGGAGUGCCCUCACCUCCUUGUACUUAAACAUCACCUCCUCACAGAGGCCUUCUUUUGCCCACCCUUGCCACUCCCAAUCCUGUCUUCCAGCACUUCACUGCCUGGUAUGAUGUUAACUGUUUGCUUUUUUUUUUUCCUUUUGUUUUUGAGACAGAGUCUAUUUUGUUUGGUUUUGUUUUGAGACAGAGUCUUUCUCUCUUUGUAGCCCAGGCUGGAGUGCAGGGGUGCAAUCACAGAUCACUGCAACCUCAACCUCCUGAGCUCAGACGAUCCUCCCACCUCAGCCUCCCAAGUAGCUGGGACUAUAGGCACACACCACCAUGCCCAGCAAUUUUUUUUUUUUUCUUGUAUUCUUUGUAGAGACGGAGUUUCACAAUGUUACCCAGGCUGGUCUCGAACUCCUGGGCUCAAGCCUCAGCCAUGCAAAGUGCUAGGAUUACAGGCAUGAGCCACCAAGCACAGCCUGUUUGCUUAUUUCUUAUCCGAAUUCUCAGCAGAAUUUGUGAGCCUGUGAGAGCAGUCUUUGUUUUGUUCCCUGCUAUAACUCCAGAGCCUAAAGCAGUGCUGGGCAUACAAUGAGUCCUUAACAAAUAUUUGUUGAAUGAAUAAAUGCAAUAUGUAUGCAUGAGGGACCAGUGGGAAUAACAAUUCUAAUUGAGCAGCCCUCAUCCUUCUGAUUUCUUCCAAGUGUGAAGGUUAAACCAAUGCUCAUCCUCACAGAUUCCCACUGCCCUGCAGAAAAGGGGAACAUAGCCUCAUAAAAUGAAGGGAGACUGAUGAGCCCCUGGCUAGUUCCCCCCACCACACCCCCGCUCCUGCCCUGAACUUGCCCUGUUGCUGAAGCUGGAGUGCAGGGGCCUGAUCUCCGUUCACUGAAAGCUCUGCCUCCUGGGCUCAAGUGAUCCUCCUGCCUCAGCCUCCAGGGUAGCUGGGAUUACAGGCGUGUGCCACCACACCUGGCUAAUUUUGUAUUUUCAGUAGAGAGGGGGUUUCGCCAUGUUGGCCAGGCUGGUCUCCAACUCCUGAGCUCAAGUGAUCCACCUGCCUCAGCCUCCCAAAGUGCUGGGAUUCCAGGCGUGAGCCACCGUGCCUGGCCAGAACCCAGGACUUUCAAUUUGAAAACCAGGAAAUCCCAGGGUCACUGGGGUGAGUUGGCCACCCUACUGAAUGGUACAUUUGCAAGACCCUCCCUGGGGCCCGAGGCCUCACUUACUCGGCUUCCAGGGCAGCCAGCCGGGCCUGGAGCUGGGCCUGGGCACUACUGAAAUCUGCCACCAUGGCCUGCAUCUCCUUCCGGUGUUCCUGGCGGAGUGUCUCCACCUCCCUGGCCCGCUGGGUUUGCUGAGUCUCCUCCAGCAACCUGUGGUGGAUGAAAGCACAGCCAGGCUUGCCCAGCUCCGGGGACAGCACCCCUUGGGCUCUGGGGUUUAUUUCCCUCGUUGCUGCCCAGUUUGGGAGAUCUGGGUGGGGAGAAAUUGUGAUCUGAGGACACCUGUGGGAAGAAGAGCUGAAGUCUCUGAGUUGUGGGGUCCAGGACAAACCCCCACUAUGGGACCCCUUUUCAGCACCCUCCCAUCUCAGAAGGAGAAACCUGAGCAUGGGGACAGACUUCAGGUGGAAGCGAUGGAGAGCAGCCCUGCAGGGGAGCCCCAGAAAACACACUCUUCACUUGGGGCAGGCGGGGAGGCAGGAGGCUGAGAUUCUCUAUCAGUAUGGCCUGAACGCUGGGACUCAGACCUGGGAGACCAGGUCUUCCCUGAGACAGAGUCUUGCACUUGUUGCUCAGGGUGGAGUGCAAUGGCGUGAUCUCAGCUCACUGCAACCUUCACCUCCCGGGUUCAAGCAGUUCUGCCUCAGCCUCCCAAGUGGCUGGGAUUACAGGCGCCCACCACCAGGCCCAGCCAAUUUUUUGUAUUUUUAGUAAAGACGGGGGUUUCACCAUGUUGGCCAGGCUAGUCUCGAACUCCUGACCUCGGGUGAUCCAUGUGCCUCAGCCUCCCAGAGUGCUGGGAUUACAGGCAUGAGCCACCACGCCUGGCCACUCCCUGAAUCUUUAUCCCUCACCUUUAUCAAAAGAAGUGGCUAUGAAAAUUAAAUUGGGCUGGGUGCGGUGGCUCACGCCUGUAAUCCCAGCACUUUGGGAGGCCAAGGCGGGAGGAUCACGAGGACAGGAGUUCGAGACCAGCCUGACCAUGGUGAAACCCCGUCUCUACUAAAAAUACAAAAAAAAAUUUAGCUGGGCGUGGUGGUGCCCGCUUGUAAUCCCAGCUACUUAGGAGGCUGAGGCAGAAGAAUCACUUGAACCUGGGAGGUGAAGGUUGCAGUGAGCCGAGAUCGCACCACUGCACUGCAGCCUGGGCAAAAGAGCGAGACUCUGUCUCAAAAAAAAGAAAAGAAAAGAAAAAAUUAAAUGAACAAGCACAGUCAAGGCUCAAAGCAAUUUUGGGCCAACACAACAGGGUUCAAUGUACACAGUUGACAAAUAUUAAGAAAAAAGAAAUCCUCCAGACAUUAAAAUGACAAAA